CCUUUCCCCUUCAAACUCACUCUCUUUAUCACCCGGCGUGCCCCCUUGGUCAGGUGCGGAAAACCCCCCUUCCUUUUAAAAGUGCGGCAGACAAAUGAGCGCGACUCCAGUGCGUGUUUUGCUUCCGUGGGUUGGAGGUGUCGUGGAUUGAUCCAGCGUGGCUGCGUCGUGAAAUAAACAGAAAAGGAAAGCCUGACCGUCUCGACGUGUGACCUUGCGUGUGUCGCGUGUGGCCUAGUGGGCAGACCAAGUUGCUCCGAUGAGGAUUGACAGCGAGGGCAGCGGGAUCGAACACUUCCCACAGGCCUACUCGUACCUGGACACACCGUACCCGGAGACCGACUUCCCUCCGGACAUACGCGAUGCGUGCCUCAAGCGGAGCUCCGUUGGCGCAGAAGUCCGCGCAGCCAAGGUGGUGGUGGUGGGUGACGUCUCCGUGGGCAAGACGUGCCUCAUCACAAAGUUCUGCCACGAGGUGUACGAUGCCAACUACAAGGCGACUAUUGGCGUGGACUUCGAGGUGGAGAAGUUCAGCAUCCUCCAGGUGCCGUUCAGCCUACAAAUCUGGGACACCGCUGGCCAGGAGCGGUUCAGGAGCAUCACUUCAGCAUACUACCGAGGAGCUCAGGUGGUGAUCCUGGUGUUUGACUUGUCCCUGGCGGCAAGUUUGUACAACACACCACAGUGGCUUGAGGAGACCCUGGAAAGCACCGGGCAGGGACACGAGCCUCUGCGAUUUCUCGUGGGCACCAAGAAGGACCUCCUGAACGAUGGCUGUCUGGAUGGCAUGGAAGGAGACGCGACCAAGAUCGCGCGCAGACUAGACGCCGAAUACUGGUCCGUCUCCGCAAAGACAGGCGAGAACGUGCAGCAGUUGUUCUUCCGGGUGGCCGCCCUCGCUUUUGUCCAGUGCCUUACAAGGGAGCUCCAGGAGAGGCAGCAGUCACCAGAGAAGGCCGUCAGCAACAACUUCGUCCGGUUGAGGAAGCGAAAAAACGGCAAGAAGAUCAAGGCACCCAAGUGCUCUGGCAGCCAGAAAUGCGCCACGAAGUGAAGGCCUCGCACGGAGGACUUCCGACCAUUCAUGCUGUGCACGAUACGCAGGCGACAAGCGCUGCGUGCACACCCGGUGAAUUGAUGGCUACAGCCACUGACGCGGAAAUUUCUUCAAAAAUGUCAAGAGCAUCACGAGCGAUGACCGGGCUGUACGGAAUAGCAUAUCUGCCAUAUUGUGACGGGACUUUCCAGCUUGGAAGCAGGCCUUCUUUUAUAUAGCUGGAAGUGUUGCGGACACUGAUAUGCUUGCUUUAGUGGUUGCCUUGCUGCAGUGUUUUCUUUUUUUUUGCCAGAAUAUGUACUGAAUGAUUGUUAUGGGGAUGAAUGUGUGGCAUUCAGCCAAUAAUUCUUGCUUUGCAGAGGCUGGUCCUAAAACAAUCGGGAAGAACAAAGUGUGUCGUUGUUGACCUAAUAUGUGUGCAGGCCACUUCCGUUACAUUCCAACGGAAAUGUUCCCGCGAAAAUUCUGGCGUGCCGUCCUUUUUAAAAAAGGUGCAAGCUUCAGAGAACUGGCAGGUUGAUUAUAAUUGAAAGCCUUUGAGUGCAGUACCAUCUGGAUAAUUUUGCACUACUAUGAGAAUAACACAUUAACAGAUCGGUCUCACAACUGUACGUAAAUGAGUUUUGAUUUGCGCCGCGUACUCUCGAACAUUCGCGUCUGUUGCAUGCGGUGAUUCACUUUAGUGCGGCCGGGGUGUACUCUUCUAGCUGGCAGUAAAUUGCAAUGAUAAUUAAGACUAGUUGUCAUAGAGCACGAAGAUAAAGAAACUGUACUGGCAAUUUUUGUGAAGCCAAUAUUGAAACCAAAUGUAGGACAUGUUACCGUUUGGAAACGAAUGUGGUGCAGACCUACAAUGGUGAUGUUACACCUUGAACCAUCAACCAUUUGUACUAUAUGAGUUGUAUUGCAAGGUCUAGUACCAACGAUGCGGGGACAAGAGCUAUUUGACAACAUUCGAUUAAAUGUUUGAUUCCGGCGCUGCGAACAGCCUAGAAGCGAGCAACUACUUACAAAGAUUGAGCGAAGCAUCUCUGGUAUGAUUCUGAUCUUUACUUCUGUGACAGCAGCCGGAUUUAGUUCGAUGCCCACUUUCAAUAUCAUCGACACGAAAAAGUUCCGUGAUGAAUUAUCAACUCACCCAAACACCCAGGUAAAUCGCUUUCAGGAGGUGCUGCGCAUACAUAGUGGUUUCUGGAAGCUUUCGAUAUUGAAAAUGAAAUCAGACCUGUCCUAAGUACGUGGUGUUCGUUGUGAUGUUGAUGGCCAUUUUCAGAAGAAAAUAAAAUGAAACCUGCGCGAAAAGCAAUAGCGGGAAAGGCUGGGCAUCACUACUCAAACACAAAAUAGUUUGCAGAUGCCAUAUUGCACAGUAGCGGAGGUCCGUGCCACUCUGCAAAUUACGACAAUCCGCGUCAUUGAAAGUGCAUAGUUGAGAAAGUAUGGCAUUUUUACAAAGUUAACGUAGCAAAUGUUGCCCAUGAGUAGUUCAGUCUACGUGAAUUCGACGCGAGGUAAUGUGAGGGGGUCGAGUCGAACUGACCGAAUGCGACGACAUCUAGAUGCUUCCCAACGUGCUGGCCAUGCGACUGAAGCACUCUGCUUCGCAGACGUUGGCAUGAGCUAGCGUCGAGAUUCGUUCAAUACAAUCCGUAAGCGUACCUGCAUUUCAGUGUACCGGUGCAAGUUACCUGCAGAAGAGCAGAGUUACAUGAACGUUGUGGUCGGUUUCCAACCAUACACACCGAAUCGGUUGGACUGCAUUAUGUCUGUAUACCCGCAGCUAUAGUGCGUCACUUUGGUGACAUUGAAGGUCAGCGGGGUUUAGACAGGUCACGUCUAAAAGGCGUUCUUCGGUAUACCUUGACGCUAUAAGCACAAUCCUCGUAUUUUCGUACGAUUUUCUAUUAGCUCUUUGCAAACCUCUCAGAGAACCACUACACCGCCCCUGGACAAGAGAAGGCACUACACAUAUUGACAGUUUCCGAUAUGUGUCAGUGAAGAGGAGUAGCCACUCCUAUCAAGGGAUGGGGCUGUCAUCGCCGCUUCCGAGUCGAGGCGAAGUUUUAGGGAAGAAACGUUCUGAAAUAUAGGGGUAAGCCUUGAACCGGGGCAGACUACGAGACACAUGUGGAAGCUGCUAAUCUCAAGAGUGCGAUUGCUCGGAGAGCGUUGCGUGAUCGCGUCGUAUUUAUAGAACUUUGCGUCCUAAAUUUUGAUUUAAAGACAAUACCCAUACGUGAUCGUCAACAGCGCCAUACAUCACAAGUGUACGCGUACGCUUUCCUGUCUAGUCAUGAACUCCGACAGGAGACACGUGAAGUACGUUGCCAUGGCUUCGCGUGCAUUGUACCAAAGAUCACAGGGUGAGAGAUGUUAUGCAGCCAAUUUUGUUGGUAUUGUUUCCGCUUUUUUUGUUUUUAUCAUGUCCAUCUGCGCUCUGAGAGGGAAAUCAUGCUUGUUGUGAGUGCUGUGUUUCGAAGAAGUACCUUUGUAGAUUUUCAUUUGUGAGGCUUUAUAUUCAACUGUGCAAUGAAUGUUUACAUGGUGAGCGCGUACGUGAAGUAAUUAAAGAAGCAAAUUCAUUGUGCAAGC